AUGGAUAAGAGCGGUCAAGAAGUAGGGCUGAGAGAGGAGGAGGAGAGUGGUCGAGCGAGCGAGAGACCGUUAUUAAAAGGGGGUGGAAAUUCUCAAUCGCUACCAGAGUUUAGAAGUCGGGAUGAUCUUGAGAAGUGUCGGAAGUCUGAGCUGGUAUCGACGGUGAUGAAGUACCAGAGGUACCUAUUCCCGGACAGGGUUGAAUCACCGGUUGUUUUGGAGCCGAAGGGUGAGCGAGGUUUUGACUGGGAGAAGUAUUCAGUGAGACACAUUGCAUUGCAUGUUGCGUAUUUGGGGUGGGAUUACGCCGGUCUCAGUUAUCAGAAGAACGUAGAGUUGACGAUAGAGAACGUGUUGGUGGAUGCGUGCAAGACAUUGAAGUUGAUUCAAGACAUUGAGUCGUCGAAUUGGCAGAGGGCAGGAAGAACGGACAAGGGUGUAUCUUCUGUGGGCCAGGUAAUAUCGGUUCAGGUCAGAAGUAGAUCUAGAUCCGGGAUUGGGGUAACUAGGGUGGGCGAAGGUAUAGGCGAGGGAGAGGAGGAGUUAGAUUAUGUGGCGAUGUUAAAUGGCGUGCUGCCGUCAGAGAUUCGUGUUUUGGGGUGGAAGCCGGUUCCUGAUACGUUUAGCGCACGUUUUUCCGCUAUCUAUCGGAUCUAUAAGUAUUACUUUGCCAGGGAGGAGAUGGACUUGGAGAAGAUGCGCGAGGGCGCGAAGUGGUUUUUAGGGGAGCACGACUUCCGGAAUUUCUGCAAGAUGGACGCGCAACGAGUGUCUAAUUACAAGAGGUACAUUAUUCAUAUUGACAUUGAGCCAGCGGAUGAUGGAAAUCCAGUACAACUUUAUCAGGUGGUGAUUCAGGGUUCCGCUUUUCUUUGGCAUCAGGUGAGAUGCAUGGUCCAAGUGUUGUUUAUGGUAGGAAAAGGUUUUGAAAGUCCGGAGGUGAUUAGAGAAAUGUUAGAUUUGGAGAAGUAUCCCAAGAAGCCCAUAUAUCCAUUGGCCAGCGAACGCGCCCUUGUCUUGGAGUCGGUUGGGUAUUUUCAACUUCAAUUUGAGGUUGGCAUACACGCACAGAGGAAGUUGAUUCAGCAUAUUCGGGGGCUAUGGACACAGAAGGCAAUUGAGUCCCAGAUAUCUCGACUGAUGUUCGAAAACAGUUUUUUUGCUCUUGUCAAUGUACAGCCUAGAAAAAAGAGACACGUAAACGAAGUCUUGCCUUGUCAGCACAGCUACUCGAAUUUGGAUCGGGCGGACUUCGCUCUCAUUCCGUGGGCAGAUGUCCAAAAAGACGAUACAAUCGAGUCUGAACGAAAGAAGUGGACGCCGAUGACCAAGAGACCUCGAGAAGAUUCCUAUGAAGAGAGAAUAGACAGGAUGGCAUGUCGCUUAAAAAAAGUGUUAUGAGUUAUACCGCGCAUUUCAUGCUGCCUUGACACAUUUGGUGUACGAAUGAAAAAUGGCAAAGUUGCUGUUGGUGGUCUCA